GCCCCCCUCCAAGAAGGCAGCGCCAAUAUCUCUUCCUUCUUCCCUCUUUCCUCUUCCAAGAAGGCGCCUUUGUCUUCUCGCAUCCCUGAACCAUCCGAAUCUAUCCGUGGUAUAUGAUUGUCUAUUCGUCGGACGAUUAGGGCUUUAAUUGUCCGAAUUCCAAAUCUAUUGAGUGUCAGUUUGCCGGUCUCGCCUUGAAUUAGGGUUUGCGUGAUGAGUUCGAAGGACGAGAAGCCGGAAAACGGCGGUUUCCUUUCUUCGAUAUCUUCAAGCGUGAAGUUUUGGGGCAGCGCGGUGCAGAAGUCUGUUACCGGGUUGUUGGGCUAUGAAGGGCUUGAAGUUAUUAACCCUGAAGGGGGCACAGAGGAUGCAGAAGCUGAGGCUGAAAGAGGAAGAUGGAAGAAAGAGGACAGGGAUAGUUAUUGGAAGAUGAUGCAGAAUUAUAUAGGAGCAGAUAUUACUUCAUUGGUGACCCUUCCAGUGAUAAUCUUUGAACCAAUGACCAUGAUUCAGAAAAUGGCCGAGCUAAUGGAGUACUGCCAUCUGCUGGACCUGGCUGAUGAGACAGAUGAUCCUUAUAUGCGAUUGGUCUAUGCUUCUUCAUGGGCGAUCUCCGUCUACGUUGCCUAUCAGCGAACAUGGAAACCUUUCAAUCCCAUCCUUGGAGAGACUUAUGAAAUGGCCAAUCAUGGGGGAAUCACAUUCAUUGCAGAGCAGGUGAGCCAUCACCCUCCAAUGAGCGCUGGGCAUGCUGAGAAUGAUCAUUUUGUUUAUGACAUUACCUCCAAAUUAAAAACCAAAUUGUUAGGGAAUUCUGUCGAAGUAUACCCUGUGGGGAGAACAAGAGUGAAACUGAAAAAGGCUGGCGUAGUCUUGGAUUUGGUACCUCCUCCCACAAAAAUUAAUAAUCUUAUAUUUGGUCGUACUUGGAUUGACUCUGCUGGGGAGAUGGUAAUGACAAACUUGACUACUGGAGACAAAGUUGUACUGUACUUUCAACCUUGUGGUUGGUUCGGGUCUGGCAGAUAUGAAGUGGACGGAUAUGUAUAUGAUGCAGCAGAGGAACCCAAAAUAUUAAUAACUGGAAAGUGGAAUGAAUCCAUGAGAUAUCAACCUUGCGAUGGUGAUGGCGAACCACUUCCAGGAACUGAGCUCAAAGAGGUAUGGAAAGUUGCGUCAACCCCAGAGAACGAUAAGUUUCAGUUUACUUAUUUUGCCCAUAAAAUAAACAGCUUUGACACUGCGCCUAAGAAUUUGUUGCCCUCGGAUUCCCGAUUGCGACCUGAUAGAUAUGCGCUGGAACUGGGUGAACUGUCCAAAUCUGGUUCUGAAAAGAGCAAAUUGGAAGAGCAGCAGAGAGCUGAGAAGAAACAUAGAGAAUCCCGGGGAGAUAAGUUCACCCCAAAAUGGUUUAAUAUUACAGGUGAAAUCACUCCCACACCGUGGGGUGAUAUUGAAGUGUACGAAUACAAUGGAAAAUACAGUGAGCACAGGGCUUCCGUCGACAACUCGGAUACGAUAGAAGAGGUCGACGUCAAAUCGAUCAAGUUCAACCCAUGGCAAUAUCCAGACCUCCAUUAAGUGAGCCUUUCUAUCUCAUGUCAAAUCCUCUUUCACCGUCGUUUGUUGGAGUGGAUUUCGUUUAUUCUAGUUUGCCCAGGAGGAAUGAUUGGUUAGUUUAUGUAAACUUGAAUCUCUUUGUUGUUUCCUCUUUGUUAUUUUUACAUUUUCUAACGAAUUGUUAAUUCAUAGAAGCAUAUAAUUUAGUUUCCUUUU